AUGAGUCCAUACUGCGCCCUGAGCAUGACCAAGCCGAUGCUGUGCGUUGGCGGCAUGUCGGUAGACAUCGUCGAACAAUGCGAGACUGGACCCUGGGCGGGUGAGAAGCUCAGGUCUGUGGAGACACGUUGGCAGCGCGGUGGACAUGCCAGCAAUGUGAGCUUUGUGCUGCGCCUGCUGGGCGCUCAGGUGGAAUUCUUUGGCGUGCUGAGCCGCUCGAGUAUGCUGCGAGAUAUACUGCUAGAAAUGGAGCGAAACGGCAUUGACUUGAGCCACUGCCCGCGGACGGAUGAGAAUCCGGCGUUCACCACAGUUAUAAAUGUACGCAAGACUGGCUGUCGCACCAUUUUGCAAUGCACCCGAAAUUUUCCAUAUGUCACAAUAGAGGACUUCAAGAAGCUCGAUCUAAGUCUCUAUGGUUGGGUGCACUUUGAGGCGCGCAAUAAGCUGGAUAUCAUACCGAUGAUCCGCGCUAUACUUGAUUAUAAUAAUGGACGCACAGAUUGCAUACAGAUAUCGCUAAAGGUGGACAGCUGCUACAAGGAGAACAUCGAUCUGUUCGAUAUGUGCGACUAUUUGAUAUUCUCCAGGGAGCUGGCGCUUGAUCUGGGCUGGCAGUCGGUGCAGGAGACCUGCUUGCAACUGGCUAAGGUUCUGCCUCUGCCAUACAGUAUCAAUGUGCGCAGGCCGUGCAUUAUUUGCUCCUGGGGCCCACUGGGUGCCGGUUGCUUGGAUAACAAGGGCAAAUACUACGAACUGGCCGCAAGCACAAAUCAAAGGGCUAAGGACACUUAUGGCGUUGGGGAGUGCUUUACGGCCGCCAUCAUUUAUGCGCUCUACGUUCGGGAGAUGCCUCUGGCAGAUGCCGUCGCGCUGGGCAAUCGUGUGGCCGGGCAUAAGGCAACCAGUUCGGGCUACAAUCACAUAGCCACACUUAAUACUUAUCCCGUAACAUUGACGAAUGUCAUCGAGCAUCGGUCCGAGAAUGUGUCUGAGGAUGAUGAGGCCGAAACUGUUAUCUGCAGAAAGUUUAUGAACCGCAAAAUCCAGCCCAGUGAUGGCAAGCUGGCCACCAAAUUGUUGCAAAGAUUUGACAGAUCCAACUAUGGUCUAGCGGAGGACUCCUCCGGCGACAGUGAGCCGGAUUCACACAAGGAGCCGACGCCAGUGCCUAUGCCCAGCUCAAGCAUACGUAAAUCUGGAUAUCGCUUGAGUAAUAUCAGCAGAAAAAGUGUUCAAUUAAGGGCCAAACGUUUGAGGUAG